AUGAACCUCCUGGAGCAGAACCACCUACUCUCAGACCUGCAGCACGGCUUCAGACAGAAGCGUUCGUGCCUUUCCAGCCUAUUGCCCUCGACGAAGCAGUGGACUCGCGCACUGGACGAGGAUGGUAGGGUCGAUGACAUCUACACAGACUUCAAGAAGGCAUUCGACAGCGUCCCACGCAAACGCCUAAUCUACAAACUUUCUGAAAUCGGGAUAAGAAGAAGGCUGCUGACAUGGAUAACAGAUUUUCUUACAGGCAGAUCACAAACCGUGUGCGUUGAGGCCUCGAGAUCAACUUCUACCCCCGUUCUAAGUGGUGUACUUCAGGGCUCCGUCUUAGGGCCGUUGCUAUUCCUGGUUUACAUUAACGACUGCGUCGACGACCUGGGAUGCAGCGCCAUCAUGUUUGCUGACGAUGUUAAGCUGUGGAGACCCAUCAGAUCUGACGCAGACAGGUAUGCGCUUCAAGACAGUCUCAACCGUCUGAAGAGUUGGUCAGCUCGUUGGCUCCUUAAUUUUAAUGUGGACAAAUGUGUGGUCCAGAGACUCCGCACCGAAAAGACCACUAAGGAGGACGAUUCCUUUCAAUACGUCCUGGGUGGGCAGCCCCUUUCAAAUGUCGUGGAGCAGAAGGACCUCGGCGGCAAGGGUGUUAUUUGCGCUGAGGCGAGGAUUUGUGAUGAUCGAUACAGAGCUGUUCGGAAAAACCUAUGGGGCAUUCGUCCGGUCUCAUUUAGAGUAUGCAGUCAAGGACUGGCGACCGUGGUUGAAGAAAGACUAUCAACGACCAGAAAGCGUCCAGCCGAUGGCUACGAAGAUGGCCAAGAAUCUUAA